AUGAGGCCAAGUGGCUGUCAGUUACUGAUGGAGAGCGUUAAACUAAAGAUUGUCGUUCCUUCUGCGGCAGGCAGUUUGACUCUGAUCAUGCAAUUGUGUUGGUCCGGGUGUCACUUGGCUUUCCGAACACGGUGUGUUUCGGUUUUGGAGGUACUUUGCGAUAAACGGUUCCGGCUAGGAAAAACCAGUAGUGAAGGAUCAGAAGAAAGGGUAAGUAUUAUCGAAAGUGGAAGGCAACAGAAUUUGGGAUCCUCCUCUGAUGCACAAUAUAAGGAGCCACGUUGCCUUAACGGGUGGUCGAUCAAACUCAGUUGUGCAGUAGGCCCUGUAAUUCUGCUUGUCCAGUGUUUUAUUCAGGAGUGUUUUCUGAAGACAAUUUGGAGGAAUUAUGACUUGCGAAAUGAUGAAAAUAUGUGGACAUCAGCAGUGCCCUAG